CAAAAAAAAAAAAACAAAAAACAAAAUCGGAGAUUCUUUUCAGCUAAACACCAUGAUCGUGCCUUCUCCGCCGUCACUACACGGCACCUCCUCCGCCGUCCCCGUCAUCGUCACACGAUCAGUGUGGUCAUCGAAUCUCGAAUCGGAGUUCAAGUUGAUCCGUUCCAUCAUCGGUUCCUUCCCUCUAAUCUCAAUGGACACAGAGUUCCCCGGCGUCGUAGUUCGCCGCCUCGCCGAUUCCAACCUCCGCCGCCCCUCCGCCCACUACGCCGUCCUCAAAUCCAACGUCGACAGUCUCCCAAUCAUACAGAUUGGACUCGCUUUUUCGGACAACAAGGGAAACCUACCGAACCUCGGAACCUCAGAGAACUUCAUUUGGGAAUUCAACUUCAACGACUUCGACGUGGCGCGUGACCCUCACUCGCACGAUUCAGUCGAGCUUCUCCGCCGCCAGGGCAUCGAUUUCGACCGUAAUUUGAGAUUCGGCAUCGAGUCGAGGCGUUUCGCCGAGCUCAUGAUGUCGUCGGGGCUCGUCUGCAACGACGACGUUUCGUGGAUAACGUUCCACAGCGCUUACGAUUUCGGAUACUUGGUUAAGAUGCUGACGCAGAAGCAGUUGCCGGUGGAAUUGGGGAAAUUUUUGGGGCUGGUUAGGGUCUUCUUUGGGGAUAGGGUUUUUGAUGUGAAACACUUGAUUAGGUUCUGUUCAAAUCUGUAUGGAGGAUUGGACCGGGUUUGCAAGAUGUUGAAGGUGGACCGGGUUGUUGGAAAGAGUCACCAAGCUGGUUCAGAUAGCUUGCUGACCCUGCAUGGUUUCCGGAGGAUAAGAGAAGUUUACUUCGGUAAAGAAGAUGAUGCUGGUUUGGCUAAAUAUGCUGGGGUAUUAUAUGGUUUGGAAGAGAUUUUUUGAUAUUUUUCCGAGUUUUUCUUUUUAACUUUUUGUUUUAAUAAUUGUGUAGACUUUGCAAGUGGUUAGUCCUUAAUAAUGAAAAUUUCCUUUAAAUUA